AUGGUGUUGACCAACACAGUGGCAGCUGUUCGCACUUCUUCAUCUACGUAUCGCACUCGAGCUAUCACCAAUCGCCUUUCGAUCGCAUCGCACAGCCUUCACACUUCAGUUCUCCGUGCUCACACCAACAUGCGUGUUAGACGAUACGACAUUCUCAACUUGCCACUCGUACCUGCGUCCGAGCGGCUUACGGUCAACUUGCUCGCGGACCCGGUGACACCAGAGCCCCGUUCCAUCGUAUCCGUGCCAGACUCUUCUCCUUCCCUCGUACGCAGAUCUCGCCCCGUCGGCCACGGCUCUCACUUCAGCUUCCUCUCCACUCUACCUCUAUCUUUCCCGUACGACUUUCCUCCCGAACAGGAAGGCGAAGACUCGCUCGGCGACCGGCACCAAAAGGAGCUGGAACAAGAUGACACGGACGACUCCCAGCUCACUGCAGAGCAAAAGAAGCUAAAGAUUGAACAGGCACACAAGAAACGCAUGCAAGAGGUCGAGCACAUGCUGCAGCGAUACGAGGUACAAGCUUCCGAGGCAGCAACGAGCGCCGCCGCUGACGGAUCGGCUUCAUCGACCGGCUUGACCGGACACGUCCCGCCUCGUCGUCGACACCAACACUUUCCCUCUGCCCGCCUUCUUGGUGUGUCACCUGCAGCGCUCCGCGACUGUCUACCUCACCUCGACGUUGGUGACGCAUUUCAGUGGAUUCAGAGCCAAACCAUGAGCGCUGGCCCCAGCUCGUACAGCUCUGGGCCCAUGGCCGAUGCUGCAUCCUCCGACACCGUUGCCCCGGACGUUGCUGCACGCAAGACACUCAGCGACUUUGUGUCCGGUCGACUCAUUGGUGCACGCAUCAAGGCAAGUCCUCAAGAGCUAGAUAACGAUGACAAUGCUGGAUAUGGCACAAAAUACAUGCGUCUCCGCGAAAAGGUCAUCAAGGGCGAACAAAAGGAGGAGCCUCCCGCCGAUCGCACCCUUCGCCGCCUGGACGAGCUCGAACGGAAGCGAGCUGCUGCCGACGCCACCGACUAUGCUCCCUGGUCCCUGUGCUACGCUGGACACCAAUUCGGCGUCUGGGCGGGCCAGCUCGGGGACGGCCGUGCUUUCACGCUGAUGGAAACCAAGAACCCAGAGACCAGCCAGCGUUGGGAGAUCCAGCUCAAGGGUGCAGGCCGUACACCCUACUCGCGAUUCGCCGAUGGACUUGCAACACUCUCGAGCAGUGUACGCGAGUAUCUCUGCAGUGAGGCCAUGGCAGCGCUAGGCAUCCCCACCAGUCGUGCCCUCGCCGUGGUCGCCCUUCCUGAGCUCCAGGUCGCGCGCGAACGUCUCAACGUAGCCGCUAUCACCACCCGUCUUUGCGAAUCGUGGCUGCGCAUCGGCUCUUUCCAGAUCCACAGCUCUCGCAGCGAGUGGGAAUCCGUCCGCAUCCUUGGCGAGUACGUCUCCCACGACCUCUUCGGCUUCAACGAUGUCGUCAAGGGUGGAGAUGUUGGCGACGACACGCACCGACCGGUUUGGGUGCAGAGGAUGGUGGAAGAGGUGGCGAAGCGAAACGCAAAGACGAUCGGCCUGUGGCAAGUCUAUGGGUUCAUGCACGGCGUCAUGAAUACCGACAACAUCGCGUUGACAGGUCACACCAUCGACUACGGACCGUACGCCUUUAUGGAUCUGUACGACGAAGGACAGAUCUGCAACCACUCGGACGGCGAGGGCAGGUACGCCUAUCGACUGCAGCCCACCAUGGGUGUCUUCGCCAUUCGCGAGCUGCUCAACGCAGUCGCGCCGUUGGUCGGCUUCGAACUCGAGCACAAGCGUGCACCUGCGCCCGGCGAGCUUCUCGCCGCCAGCGAAGCGCAGAUCGAUGAAUGGCGCGAGCUGUGCGAUGAUGAGUACUCCAAAGAGCUCGAGGCUGUCUUUACGAGCACCUUGCUGGAGCAGUGGAAGCAGGCGUAUCGCGCCCGAUUGGGAUUGACCAAGGAGGAGGGUGACGACAAGACUGCGCUCAUCGAUCCGCUUUCGGGUGUACUGUCGGACCUCGACUUUUCCACCACGCUUCGUCGACUGUGUCAGCUGCCAGCGCUGCUCAAAGCGCGCGGUGUUUCAGCUGACGACGAGGAGAAGCUCAAAGAUGUUGUCGCUGCCUUUGUCGCUGGCGACCCCAACACGGGCCUGGAACCGUGGUACGACGCUUCCAUCCUGCCCGAAUACAUCCGAUCGCAGAAGGAGACGCAAGCGCGCACCUGGCUGUCCACCUACGCCCGUCGUCUGCUCCAGGAAGGCAGGGACGGAGAUCAAGUGACCGCGGAGAUGAAGUCGAAGAACCCGCGCUUCGUGCUGCGCAACUGGGUGACGAACGAGGUGGCGAAGCGCUUGGAAGAUUUCAACGAGACCGAGGUGUUGGCCAAAGUGUUGGAGAUGGCGACGCAGCCGUUCGAGGAUUGGGGUUUGCCGAGGGAAGGCAAGUCAAAGGAGGAAGUGGAGGAGGAGGCGAGGUGGUGUUCGUUGGGUCGACCGUUGACGGGCAACCUGCCUUCGUGUUCGUCGUGA